AACUCACACAGCAAAUCCGCACGCUGUAGCAACAUCUUCCAACAUUGAAAGAUCCCUGUCCAGUUCAUUAGCAAUGGCCAAAGCCGUCGCCCUACUCCUUGCAGCCAUCGCGGCAUCGGCCGUGUUAGUGCAAGUGGAAUGCGACGCCCCCGUCGAGAAGAGCUUCAACAAGGCCCUCCUCGCCCCUGUCGAUAAGCGCUUGGAUGAGGCAGCUCAGGCCAUCAACGAGGCCGCCGACUCCGUUGUGGCUGCUGCCCCACCAGCAAAAAAGGAUGAAGUUGAAGCUGCCACGUGGAAGCGGAGAAUCUUCGCCAUAACUGCUCUCGGGAUGGCCCAAGGAGAUGAGAAGAAAGUUGCUGCAACUUCACUUGCCUACAAGAAAGCAGCUAAAGCUGUCCUCGAUGCCGCCCCAGCUGACAAGUUUAAGUUGAUGGAUGAAUCCUUCAAAGUGGCUGUUAUGCAGGUAAUCGCAUCAUGAGCCACACGCCAACCAUCAAUAAAGGUCUACUACUACAUCGCCGACAUUGGUAGACGACCGGACACGUACCGAGUAUCAACGGUUAUUUAUGUAAUAAAUGUCGUGCAAUCAAUUCUACUCAUUCCAUUCUCUCCAUUUGUAAGAGCACCAGGGGGAAAAAAAUAAUCCGGUGCCAUCUAACAUUUCUAGUUCAAAAUGUCGAUCCUUGGCACUUGGCGGAACUUUUUUUUUUCCAUGAAAUCCUUUGAAUGAUUCUUUAAACAAAAGUAUGGAGUAAAAAUAUCUUAUGUAAGAAAUAACAUAAACCGGACCAGCUUGCGUGCAUCAA